AUGGCUGUAACUACUGGAGGCUGUCUAUGUGGCGCAUGCGCCUACUCAUAUGAAGGCAAUCCCGCUGUUAGAGCUCUCUGUUACUGCGGCCCUUGUCGUAAAAUAUCCGGAGGAACGAACACUGUCAAUGUUGGGGUCCCCGAGGCCAAUUUUUCUGUCACUAAAGGGCACCCUAAAUCAUACGCAAUGCAGCAUCAGUGGGGAUUUACACUGUCGAUAUUCUUUUGCCCUGAGUGCGCAACUGUGAUGUGGAAAACAGCAACAGACGCAGGAUUGCAAGGAAUGAAGAUCGUUCAGGCGGGGACGGUGUCGGAUGUGUCUCAGCUAAAUGAGAAAAUCGAUGCGGAGUUUUAUUCGCCAGAGAGGCCGUCAUGGUUAGCUCCUGUCGAAAAUGCAGACCAGAGGGAGCAGUUCUGA